UUUUGUCUCUGAAUCUGAAACGGGAAUUGUUUUUUUGAGUUUUGACUUAUAAUUAAUAAAUAAUCGCAUAUCAGCCCGCUACUGAUAAGCGAUAACAUUAUCAAUUUAAACUUUGAUAAACGUCAAUAGCCUUUGUAGUCGAGCAACACGGAUAAAAUCCUUUUCUUUUAAAAAGUGAUUAAAGUUUUGAUAUAUUUUGUAAUAAACGGUUUAAGUUAAUUAAAUUAUGUCUUUAUCCAAACCAAUUAUGAAUCUUGUGGCAUCGUAUCUACAGAAUUUGUAUAUACAUCCGAUCAAAACGAAGUCUAUAACAAGUUGCAUUGUCGGUUCUGCCGGUAGCAUAGCAUCACAAAUAGUUUCUGGUCAAUCUCUAAGGCUUGAUCCUGUCCUAGCAUUUGGUUUAUAUGGGUUAUUAUUUGGUGGUACUAUACCUCACUAUUUUUACGGAUUCAUAGAAAAUGUUUUUGCUGAGGAAUCUACAGCAUUUCCAUUAGCCAAGAAACUGUUAUUUGAGAGGCUCUUAUUUGCUCCAUUUAUGCAAGCAUUUUCCUUAUACACAUUAGCUAGAUUCGAAGGUAAAAACCACCAUGCAGCAUUGAAACAGUUGAAUGCAUUAUAUUGCACUUUAUUAGAAGCAAAUUGGAAAUGGCUGACUCUUUUCCAAGUUAUCAACAUAGCAUUUAUUCCGCCCAUGCUCAGGGUCUUGUUUAUGAAUUUCGUUGGCUUCGGUUGGGCGAUGUUUGUAGCGUCAAAGAGACGGCAACAGACUCAAAAGAAGGAAUAAAUAUUACAUUUAAAGAAUAAUGUAUAUACCAAUAUGGUGAUGGAGAUAAGCAAAAUAAUGUAAUUGGUGAUAUUAAAGGAUUUUUUAUCUCCGCUAUUUAUUUAUUAGGGCGGUAUUUAAAUUGUAUAUAAUAUAUAUAAAUUUGUAUUUGAUAUUUUUUUAAACAUAUUAUUACGUUUAUGUAAUACCAAUUUAUACAUAAAUAUUUUUGAAUCUUUUUUUUAUAUACGAUUGAUUUUGUAGUCAGUUCUUUGUGAUAAGUGAUUAUAUUUUUUUAAGAACUUUUAUAAAUAAUUAUAUAAUUUGGAAAUUUAUUUUACACAGAACAUUCCAUUGUCAAGUCAUAAGAUAAAAAAAAAUAGAAUAAAAAACACGUUACGAUUUAUGUAUUUUAUUUGACAACAGCAAAAACCUAUGAAACUUUGAUAUACGUAGUACUGUUUGUAUAAUAAACUUUUUAUAAUGGUCGAGAUCAAAUCGACUGGUAUGCAAUGUAUGCUUUAGCGUUAAGAAAUAAAUCUUUGCUCUAUUUUUUUUACAAUUUCUGUUAUUAAUAAAUUACAUUUAUUUACUGUU